AUGGCUUCUCGGAAUCAUCUCUUGAAAUGUUGCAUUCUCCUUGCUAUAAUGAUCAUCACGAUCGUGCAGGCUCAAACCAACAGGAAACUUCUUGACACUCAGGCCGAUAACAACACACCAAUAUCCUCUUAUUUCGAUGAUUCUCGUGAUCAAGCUUCUCUUCCUUCUUCUCACCGAUCACUUGGUGCCGAGUUUUACGAGAGAUCACCGCCUCCACCACCACCAAAGAAAGCUAGACAAGACGAGUCCCAAACCGGUAUCUAA